AUGAAUAUAAGGGCAUUCAGGAGUGUCAUUGACCGUCAAUCAUCAGUUUAUAGAGGUAUAAUGACUCAGCCUAGUAGGAAUUUCAAAAGAGCCAGAAGAAAUGGUCAACGAGAAGAUGUUGUUUCAAAUGCUAUGAAUAAACUGUCUCAUGUUGAAUUAUCUGAUGAGCAGAAGCAAUUGAGAUCUAAAGUGAUGGGUUUUAUUAGAGAUAAUCUAUCUAAUUAUGAUUCUAAGGAGGGUCCGGCUAUGUAUGUUAUUGAAGGUAAUGCAGGUACUGGGAAAUCAGUGAUUUUAAAUGCCCUAUUUGAUGAGAUUCAAAAAAUUGCCAACACAGGAGAAGAUCCAGAUGAUGUUUUAAAUAACACCAGUAAUUAUUUGGUAGUCAAUCAUCCUGAGAUGUUGAAACUGUAUGUCAGGAUCAGUAAGAGUUUGAAAUACGUGACCAAGUCUUCAUUGGAGAGGCCAACAUCCUUAAUUAAUGCCUUGGGUAAAAGUCAAAAAAUGGCAGAUGUUGUCAUUAUAGAUGAAGCACAUUUACUAUCUACUUCUAAGGAUGCUUUCAAGAGAUUUUAUGGUCAGAAUCAAUUAGAAGAAUUGAUGAAGAUAUCUAAAGUGUUGGUCCUUGUCUAUGAUGACAAGCAAGCUUUGAGAAUGGGGUCGUAUUGGGAUGAAAAUACUAGGAAUGGUUCCAAUCUAAAGGCAUUCUAUGACAUGGUUCCUAAGGAUAGAAAAGGAUGGUACAAUUUGAAACAACAAUUCAGAGUUACUGCUCCAGAUGACGUAUUGAAUUGGAUUCAUCAAAUUAGUACCGUAGGGGCAAUUCCAGAAUUCCCAAAGUCAUCAUUAAAGGAUGAUUCAAAGGACAAUGGGUUUGAUUUUAAGAUUUGGGACGACUGUGGUGAAAUGUAUGACGCUUUGAGAGAUUUGGAUACUAAAUAUGGACAAUGUAGAAUGUUGGCAACUUAUGAUUUCCCUUAUAGAUUGGAUGGGAAGGAUUACUAUGUUACUUGUGGUGAUAGUUUUAAAGUUCGUUGGGAUCGUUACACGCCUCGAGAAGUGACUCCAUGGAGUGAGAGAGCUGACACUAUUGAUGAAGUUGGAAGUGUCUAUACUAUUCAGGGUUUUGAUUUGAACUAUGCUGGUGUCAUUUUGGGUAGGUCUGUGACGUACGAUGCUGCUAAUGACUGUUUGAAGCUAGACAUCGAUCUUUAUGAUGACCAUGCUGGUUUCACCAAGAAGAAAAACAUCCACGAUGUUAAACAAGUAAAAGAAAAAAUUAUUAUGAACAGUAUUAAUGUUCUUUUGACUAGAGGUGUUAAAGGGCUGUAUGUAUAUGCAUGGGAUCCUGAGUUGAGAGAAAGGCUCAGAAAAUCUCAACAAGUAUAA